CACCUGUGAGCAUGAGGCGUUAGAUGUGGAUGUGCUUGUAGGGCGUAGUACAGGGUGCACGGUCGUGAGGGAUGCAGGGCGAGGAGGCGAGGGCGCACAGCUGUGAGACGUGUAGGUGUGAGGGAGUGUGAGCUCUAGGCCGCGCUCCUGCCGCCCCACCCCCGCCAGCGAUUUCACCCGGCCAGGCCGCUGCCCGCCGUCGGCCCGGCCAAGCCCCCAGGGGCCGUGCUCCGCCGCCUUCGCCCUCCCCGUCCCGCCUUCCCCGCCCGCCUCUCGCUCCCCCUCCCUCUCCUCCCCGCCGCCGGGGCUUCCCUCCCAUCUUCAUUCAGGGCUGCCUCGCUGCCGAGUGUUGGCUGCGCCGCUACCCCGGCAUGUCCCGCAGCUGGACUCCUUUCAGCGACUGGUUCCUGUAGUGCCGCCACCCGCGGGCGAGGCAGGGCCGAGGGGGCGGCAGGGGGGUGCCUUUGCCCAGCCGCGCCGGAGACCGCGCUAUCAUGGGGGGCUCCUGAGGCGGCCGAAGAAAGCGGCGGGGAAGCGGAACGCCUCGCCCCGCGGCCCGCCACCAUGGAGGCACCGCCGCCGCCACCCGGCCCCCCCAACGCCGCGGAGCCCGCCGGCUGCCCCAAGGACACCGACCGCCAACUGCGCCUCCGCCUCUGUGUCCUCAACGAGAUCCUCAGCACCGAGCGGGACUACGUGGGGACCCUCCACUUCCUGCAGUCGGCAUUUCUCCACCGGAUCCGCCAGAACGCUGUGGACAAAGCUGAAAAGUAUAUAACAGAGGAGAAUGUUAAGGUCUUAUUUUCUAACAUCGAAGACAUUCUUGGUGUUCACAAGGAGUUCCUGGCUGCCUUGGAAUUUUGUUUACAACCAGAACCUCAGUCUCAGCAUGAACUGGGAAAUGUUUUCUUAAAAUUUAAAGACAAAUUCUUUGUGUAUGAGGAGUACUGCAGCAACCACGAGAAAGCACUCAGACUGCUCAUGGAAUUGAACAAGAUCCCAACAGUGAGAACAUUCCUCCUGGGUUGCAUGCUUUUGGGAGGCAGAAAGACGACAGACAUUCCACUAGAAGGUUAUCUGCUAACUCCAAUUCAGAGAAUUUGCAAGUACCCACUUCUGCUGAAGGAAUUAGCUAAGAGGACUCCAUCUAAGCAUCCUGAUCACCCAGCUGUCCAGAACGCAUUGCAGGCAAUGAAGACUGUCUGCACCAAUAUCAACGAGACCAAGAGACAGAUGGAGAAAUUGGAAGCACUCGAACAGUUGCAGUCCCACAUUGAAGGAUGGGAGGGGUCAAAUCUGACAGAUAUCUGCACCCAGCUCUUGCUCCAAGGGACUUUGUUAAAAAUCUCAGCAGGAAACAUCCAGGAGAGAAUGUUCUUUCUGUUUGAUAAUCUACUGGUCUACUGCAAGAGGAAAUCCAGAGUUACUGGGAAAAAACCCUCUAAACGGACCAAGUCCAUCAAUGGGUCCCUUUAUAUCUUCAGGGGCCGAAUAAAUACAGAAGUCAUGGAGGUGGAGAAUGUGGAAGAUGGAACAGCAGAUUACCACAGCAAUGGUUACACUGUGACAAAUGGCUGGAAGAUACACAACACAGCCAAAAACAAAUGGUUUGUCUGUAUGGCUAAGACUGCAGAGGACAAGCAAAAAUGGCUGGAUGCUAUAAUCAAGGAGAGGGAGCAGAGAGAAAGUUUGAAACUGGGAAUGGAGAGGGAUGCGUAUGUCAUGAUUGCAGAGAAAGGCGAGAAGCUGUACCAAAUGAUGAUGAGCAAGAAAGUGAACCUUAUCAAAGACAGGAGGAGAAAAUUAAGCACAGUUCCCAAGUGCUUUCUUGGCAAUGAGUUUGUAUCGUGGCUUACAGAGAUUGGAGAGAUAAGUAAACCAGAGGAAGGGGUCAACCUGGGACAGGCACUAUUGGAAAAUGGAAUCAUACAUCAUGUUUCAGAUAAACACCAGUUCAAGAAUGAGCAGGUGAUGUACAGAUUUCGCUAUGACGAUGGAACAUACAAGCCAAGAAGUGAGUUGGAAGAUAUCAUGUCCAAGGGUGUGAGGCUCUACUGCAGACUACACUGCCUCUAUACUCCAGUAGUAAAAGACCGUGAUUACCACCUAAAGACCUACAAAUCAGUAAUCCCUGCAAGUAAACUAGUGGAUUGGCUCAUUGCACAGGGAGACUGUCAGACUCGGGAGGAAGCUGUUGCGCUGGGUGUUGGACUCUGCAAUAAUGGCUUCAUGCAUCAUGUUCUGGAGAAAAGUGAAUUCAAGGAUGAGUCCCUGUAUUUCCGCUUUUAUGCUGAUGAAGAGAUGGAAGGCACCAGUUCAAAGAGCAAACAAUUGCGUAAUGACUUCAAGCUUGUGGAAAACAUCCUGGGAAAGAGUCUUCUGAUUUUGCCAGAAGAGGAUGACUAUGGAUUUGACAUAGAAGAAAAGAACAAAGCAAUCGUGGUGAAGUCAGUUCGAAGAGGGUCCUCUGCAGAGAUGGCUGGCCUGCAGACAGGGAGAAAAAUCUAUUCCAUCAAUGAGGACUUGGUUUUCCUGCGCCCAUUUUCAGAAGUGGAAACGAUUUUAAACCAAUCCUUCUGCUCACGAAGGCCACUUAGGCUUCUGGUAGCCACCAAAUCAAAAGAGAUUGUUAAAAUCCCAGAUUGUCCUGAAGCACUUUGCUUUCAGAUACGGGGAACGGCACCACCAUAUGUUCAUGCAGUAGGAAGAGGUUCUGAGGCUGCAGCUGUAGGCCUUCAUCCAGGGCAGUGCAUUUUGAAAGUUAAUGGGAACAAUGCAACACAUGGAAAUUACCUGGAUGUAUUGGAGCACUUUACAGCCUACAGGGCCAGGCAACAGGAAGCACUGGGAUUGUACCAGUGGGUGUACAGAACACAUGAAGAUGCUGAAGAGGACAGAGCUCAGCAAGCAGCAUCCACUGCAUAUCUGAAUGGCAGUCAUCCAGGCUCCAGCAAAGAAGACUCUUCAUUAGAAGGAGGUGCAGAAUUGGAUCCCCUUCAAAACAAUCAACAGGAAUCAGCCCAGACACCACAGACCAUCAGCUCUCCAUUAGUCAUUAGUGAAGAAACUCCUCUUGUUAGCCUGACUGUGGAUAACACCCACCUGGAGCAUGGUGUGGUGUACGAAUACGUCAGCAGUGCAGGAAUCAAAUCCUUUGUCCUGGAGAAAAUUGUGGAACCAAAAGGUUGCUUCAAUCUCACUGCAAAGAUUUUAGAGGCCUUUGCUGCAGAGGACAAUCACUUUGUGAGGAACUGCAGAAGACUUAUAUCCCUAAGCAGUGCUGUGGCCACCAUGCCUCAGUAUGAAUUCCGGCAAAUCUGUGACACUAAGCUGGAGGGCAUUAGCAGAAGGCUCACAAACUACCAAGAGUUUGCAGAUGAAUUGAAAACAAAGGUGAGCCCAGCCUUCAAACAAGCCAUCAUGGAACCACAUUCCCUGAACAGCAUGGAUUUCUGCCCCACCAACUGCCAUAUUAACCUCAUGGAGGUGUCAUACCCCAAAAACACUACCUCAGCAGGGAGGUCGUUCAGCAUUCGCAUUGGACGGAAACCCUCUAUUAUUGGUCUUGAUCCAGAACAAGUAGGUACUUUAAAUCCGGUCUCAUAUACUCAACAUUGCAUCACCACUAUGGCUGCACCGUCCUGGAGAUGUGUGCCCCCAGAAGAUGGAGAUCUUGACAGUAGCUAUGGCCAGCAGAACGGAGGAACAAUUCAGGAAGAAAGGGGACUCAGUUUUCUGCUGAAACAGGAAGAUCGAGAGAUACAGGACUCAUACUUGCACCUCUUUAACAAGCUCGACAUAGCAGUGAAGGAAAUGAAGCAAUAUGUCAUUCAGAUAAAUAAACUUCUGUCCACCAUAACAGAACCUACAGAAGGUGGUGCCUGCGAGCCACCAUCUACUGAGGAGACACCUCCACCUUCACUAGGAGCAGAAGAGAGUGACCCUGACAAAGCUGAGCAUGGUGGAAUCAAGAAGGUCUGUUUCAAAGUUUCUGAGGAGGACCAGGAAGACUCUGGACAUGACACAAUGAGCUUCAGAGACUCGUACAGUGAAUGUAACAGUAACCGGGACUCGGUGCUGUCAUACACCAGUGUGCGGAGCAACAGCUCUUACCUGGGCAGUGAUGAGAUGGGAUCAGGAGAUGAGCUUCCCAAUGAUAUGAGAAUUCCUUUAGACAAACAAGACAAACUUCAUGGCUGUCUGGAACAUCUUUUUAACCAGGUUGAUGCAAUCAAUGCACUUCUAAAAGGACCAGUAAUAACUAAGGCCUUUGAAGAAACCAAGCACUUUCCAAUGGACCACAGUUUGCAAGAAUUCAAGCAGAAGGAAGAAACCACAGUUAGGUGCCGGAACAAUAUCCAAGCCAGCGUUCAAGAAGACCCAUGGAACCUUCCGCUGCGCAUUAAGAACCUCGUUGAAAUCAUACAAAAACAUGUGGAAGAUGGGAAGAAUCAGCUGCUUUUGGCCUUGUUAAAAUGCACAGAUACAGAACUACAGCUGAGACGUGAUUCCAUCUUCUGUCAAGCUCUCGUGGCUGCUAUUUGUACCUUUUCAGAGCAGUUACUGGCUGCCCUCAACUAUCGAUACAAUAACAAUGGGGAGUACGAAGAGAGCAGCAGAGACGCCAGCAGAAAAUGGCUGGAGCAGAUAGCAGCCACUGGUGUUUUACUCAACUACCAGUCUCUCCUCUCCCCCACUGUGAAGGAGGAGCGUACCAUGCUGGAGGACAUCCAAGUCACUCUGACUGAACUGGACAAAGUUGCCUUCUAUUUCAAGCAGCUGGAUGAAAGUCUUGUAGCAAAUACUCAUGUCUUCUACCACAUCGAAGGAAGCCGUCAGGCCUUGAAGGUUAUCUUUUAUCUUGACAGCUACUACUUCUCCAAACUGCCUUCUCGAUUUCAGAAUGGGGGAAGCUUGAAGCUGCACACGGUACUCUUUACAAAAGCUCUGGAGAGCAUGGAGGGGCAAUCACAACCAGCUGGCUCAUCUCUAGAACUUCUUCCACAGCAAAUUAAUGGUGUUUCACUGGAAAAAGUGCAGCAGUACUACCGUAAACUCAGGACAUUUUACCUAGAGAGAUCAAACUUGCCCACUGAUUCCAACACUACUGCAGUGAAGAUCGAUCAGCUUAUUCGCCCCAUUAAUGCAAUGGAUGAGCUUUGCCGGCUGAUGAAGUCUUUCAUUCACACAAAACCACCCCAGUCAGGAUACUCCAGCAGUAACACAUCAGGGGCUGGCCUGCUACCUAUAUCCUCUGAGCUCUGUUAUCGCCUUGGAGCCUGCCAGAUCACUAUGUGUGGCACAGGGAUGCAAAGAAGUACUUUGAGUGUGUCUCUGGAGCAAGCCGCCAUACUGGCUCGGAGUCACGGCCUCCUGCCCAAGUGCAUCAUGCAAGCCACAGACAUCAUGCGAAAGCAGGGACCAAGAGUUGAAAUCUCUGCCAAGAAUCUGAAAGUGAUGGACCAAAUGCCACAGUGUGCUCCUCGACUCUAUAGGUUGUGCCAGCCACCUACAGAUGGGGACCUGUAACCAGAGAGGCAUCUACCUUGCAGCAUACUUACAGCGUUUGGCUCUGAGCAGCCCUGUCCGCAGACCCAUGCUGACAGACACUGAUGGUGCAGAAUCCAGGGAGAGGAGAUAGUGCUCUGCUUUGGUAGGAGAUGAACCUGCUGGAUCCAUGAAUCUGCUUUCGAACUCCUGUAGCACGUGCAGGGAUUCUUGUAUUGACUUCUUGAGGAAAUCCUUGAAACCAGCACCAGAGAGCCAAGGUGGAUUUCACAGCCACUGCCAGAUGCCUGGAAAAGGACAACUGUCUGUCAAAGCGUGGUCUUACCAAGGGCUUUUGUGCUGCCACCUGCACGCUGUGGCUUGCCAGACACAGACUGGUUGAGGAGAUCCCGAGUGACACUUUUCUCUCUCCCUCUGCUGCAUCUGGCAUAGGUUUUGUUGCCAGCGUAAUUUUGGUCAGCAUCCUUGAGCAGCAGGUUUCUGAACGCCCCCUUUCCAUGAACUGACCUGCCCUUUGAACCAAGAAUAGCACAAUCUAUGGUUUAUUCUCCUAUGAACAAGAAGGAUCUCUUCUGGAAUCAUUUUUCACUUCAGCCCAGUGAGAACUGAUCUCUCGAUGCUGCAGAGUAUACAUUCCAUAGUACUUAACAUCACUUCACUUUACUCACUGUAGCUUUCUGGUUUAUGAUUAACUCGUUUUACUAAUGUCCUCUGGAAAUACAGCACUGUGUGAGAGCGGAGAGUGAAGGAUUUGAAAAGGAAACUUUACAAAGGAAAAACACAGUCUUAUAAUCUGGUUAUUUGAACAGAUGUAGUUUUUAAAACAGGUCAGAAGAACUAUACUUAUUUAUGUGGAGUGGAAUAUGUGGUUUUGAUCAUGUUAUUAUAUAUACAAGAUUUAAAUAAAAUUAUAUUGUUUAAAAUGGGACCAAUAUGCUGGCAAUUACACAGCUACUCCCAGUUUACUGAAAAAAUCUACAUUAUUUAAAGUCUUUCAAUAUUUAAGUAGUCUUUAAUACAGUUAUUAAGAUGUAUUAGGGAUGCUUUUAAGUUAAAAGAAAAAAGGAAUUGUGUAUAUACUGUACUUUAUUUUUUCUUGUCUAAAGAACUGUUCUCCCUUCUGUCAGUAUUAUUCUAAGCACAGUGAUUAUUUUUUUCCACAUUAGUAGCUGAAACUAAUAGAACAUGUCAGCAGUCUCAGGACAGAAAUCAGGUUCUCUUGGAGUGAGUGCCUUAAUACCACCACCCAGCCCUAAGGAAUUGUAGCUGUAGCAGUGUCAGUAGAGGGUGUACAGGAACUUACUCUUCCUCUCUUUCUCCACAGCCUCCGGUAAAACCCUUCAUAAGAGAGCCAGAAGCGCUUUGCAGUGAUGUAUAACCUAGAAAAUAAAGGUUUGGGGUUUUUAUUUGUGACCUUUGUGGCUUAAUUUUAUUUUAUUAACAUCCAAACCAACUCAGAAACUAAACCUAAGCUUUUCUCUUUGGCUUGGAAGAGGCUACAGUUCAACACAAGGUGGCCUGUGACACAUCUUGGGCUGCAGGUGUUUCUGAGCCUUGGUUCUUACCUUGUGUGGUGGUUUUUGGUUUUCUUAUUCUCUUUACUGGCAGACUGAAAUAGUUUUGGGGAAGGAAGGUGUAUUUUGUUUAACCUCUUGACUAGUUCUGACUUACAGCAGCCUGCUGCAGGGAAGUAGGCUAAAUCUGCCAGCAGCCAGCUGUGGGAUGCAGAGGUUUGUUCCUGCAUGCCUGUUUGUACUGCAGCUAGGGGAGCAGGUCAUGAUUUCAGUGUACUUCGGGUUAAUUCUGAGAGAGUUGCUCUUGUCCUUUGGUGUCUGAAGAAGAAAUGGAUGUUUCUUUACCAAAUUCUCAAAUUAAAAUGCACGUUUUAUUAUGGGAACUGCAGGAACACCAGAAAUUAAGAGGGGCCAAGAUCCUGCUUUGGCUACACAAGCUCUGUCUACAGUUCAGUGAAGAUCCUGACACACACAGCCACUGCAGCCCUUGCAGAUGCAUGGAAGAACAUUUAAGGGAAUUUCCACUGUGCAUUGAAAACGUGAAGAGGUUUUUAUAUCAUUAAAGGUUGGUUUAUAUGCUCAGAGAAGAUAUGACCUUAGUUUUCUGUUCUGCCCUCUAGUUCCUUACCUCUAAGUUCUGUUGAGCAGUUUUAAGUUCCAACAUUUGUAUGGAGCAAUGAGUUGGAAGUCUGAACUGUAAGGGAAAAGUUUCUGAUAUCAAUUCAAACUAACAGUGUAGAGCUAAACUCUUCCUGUUUGUGUGGUGCCAGUACAAGCAUGAUUUCAUUGCAGACUUCCUGUCCAAGUAGAAAAGGUUUGAUACUGGAAAACUGAGAGGUUUGAAUCCAGUGCUGGAAAAAAUGGUUUCAGGUGGAAAGUAAGGAGGCAACGUGCAAGCUAACCUGCAAGUGCUGAGAGUAGAUAUGGUCUGCAGCAUCUCCCCGGCCAAAAGCUAUGCUAGAAUCAAGCCUGCCACAACCAAGCAAUGCAGAUUUCCCGAUUUUCCACACUUCCAGAUCUAUGAAAACAGUCAAACUGGAGAAAAUGGAAACUAGCAGCAUGAUGCUGAGAUGUGUAAGCAGCUGGCUGAAGCAAAUAACAGAACUCUGAAAAGACAGGGGGGCAGCUGCAAGUGGAAUUUCUUAUGGCCCAGUCUGGUAACAGAGUUGACUGAGGCAUGGAUAGUACAGGCCAGUGGUAAUGCUAAGUUGGGAGGCAAUAAUCUAGAGAAGAAUCAGGGUGCACACAAAAAUGCCUGGAGGACUUUGAACCCUGAAGAGGAAGAAACGAACAGGAUGAUGUUUUACAGUAGAAAUAUUAGCUCAGAUGAAGUAUUUUGUUGUAUUUCUUGUUAACUGAUAAUAAAAGGACCUUGGUCAAAGAGUUUAUCACCAGAUGACAGAAGCAAGAAAGCUUGACCUGCGCGAGGAGACAACUUUCCAGUUGGAAUGAAGAAGUAGUCGAGAACCCAUGCAGAAGCCAAAUAAUGAAGUGAAGUUUCAGCAGCUAGAUGACGAGAAGAGAUAAGUAACCUGGAUACCAUUUUGCAAGACAAGACCAAGAGGAGGUAAUUUAGCUCAAGACAGAGCUGUAAUGGAUGUCUUUGUAAGAAGAGAGUAAUGAGGAAAGUAAAGGCAACUCCAUCUAAACAAAUACAGCCAUGAGGAGCAUAAGCAAUCAGAGAUAAAUACUGGCUGUAAAUUGCACUCAACCUGAGAAACCUUUUCCUUCCAGUCAGGCUCUGACAAAAAGGAACAAACCUGUACAAAGGGGCUUGUGGUAGCUGGAGUCACCGGAAAGCCUCUAAGCAAGACAAGCUUGCCCUGUCCAGUCCCACCUGGCUGCAGAAGCUGUGUUUGGCCAUGGCAGAAGAGGAACAGUCCCUGUUUUGUCCAUGCCGUUGCAGAGGUGUGAACUGCUUCCCAAACCUAGGCCUGGGCUAUCUGUUGGCAUUAGACAUGCUCACAUUCCAGUAUUCAUUUGCAGACUGAACUACUGGGAUUUUUGGAUAGAAUAAUUGCAUGCUUAGACAAAUUUCCAUUAAGAAUUUAAAUUAUUACAAAGGAAAAAACAAUCCACCUAGACUCUGGCAAGGCCUUUCUUCUUCUGUCUUAUUUUCUUAUCAGCAAAUGGUGCUAAUUUGGGAGUAUUUUGAACACUGAUUGUGGUUCUAAAGUGAUUUGAGGAUAUAUAACACUAAGGCCUAACAAUCAUAAUUUUGGUGUAAGAGUCAUUUGGGGCACAGCUUCCUUUGCUAGAGUGAGCAAUUCACCUUCCCUGUCUGCUACAGUUCAGGUAGGGAACUGGAGAACAAAGUACUUUUUCCCACUGGUGAUGUGAAUAGUCAAGGGAGAAAAACUAAACUGCUUUGAAGCCUGGCAGUAUUUUACUUAGUUACUGUAGUUCUAAUGACUUGAAAAACAGACAACUGGAUGGGAAAAAAGGGUAAAUAUCACAAAGAUGUGUGAAAAUCUCUACUUUUAGUUCCCGUAAAUACAUUAAUUGUGAGGAGUUGGUGUAAGGAAAGAGGACUAAGGAUAUUUCUGAUAUACCUGCUCUGCCCCAUGCCAAGAUUCAACAGUACUACACAGCAAUACCAUGCAUUAAUACUUUAAAAUACAUUGAAGAUGUGAUGUUGCAAAGAGGAUACUCAAUUUGGUGUUGGCAGUUGGUAGUUUGCAAAAGAACAGCCAAUUCCUUGGGCCAUGAGAUAAAACUGUUGAAGGUCCUAACCCUCAACCUGGACACCCUGCGAGUCAGGCUUUGCUGCAUUCUCGCAGCCAAAGGUGCCAGAAGGAAGAAUUGUUGGCCCCUGGAUUCUGAUCAGUGGAAUGGGUUAUGCCUUUGUACUCUGAAGCCGUCAGUGCUGAGCUAAAGCUUGAAGGACCUAUUGCUUUAGAGCAUUUUAUUUGCUUUUUGUAAUUAACCUUUCACAGAUGUUUCCAGAUGAGCUAAGGCCAGAAGAUGAAAAUCACCGCACUCAUGCAUUGCCAGAGAACAAACCAGUAAGUCAGGGAGGAGGGCAGGAGACUUCUAAAAGGCCCUGUGUACAAAUGGUAGGAGUGGCUACAGUCUGGCCAUGUGCUAGACCAAAGAGUUAAAAUGCUUUUGGAAGUUAAUUGGUGAUCAGCUAUAGGAGUUCAUGUAAGAUUGCUGGAGCACUACUGCAGCGACAGCUCACUCUGAGAUCCGUUACCCUAUCUGGGCAGGGGGGCAAGUCUGGAGUGAUACAAAUCCUAUUGGAUGUUGUUGCAUGAAACAACUGCUCCUGGGUUCAGGAAAAUAUUCCAGAGGUAUUUUUCUAUCUGUUUCUAGAAUUGGCAUUUUCCAAUGUUUUGUAAAAAAACAAAAGAAAUGUACAGACUACUGGAGAGUGUUUCCAGUAAAGUCUGAGGGACCCUUUCUGGUGUACUGAGAGUGUUAUAUUUUUCCUCACAUUUCUGUAUUUUGAACUGAGCACAUGUACCCUGCCUUAAGAUAAAAGUGAUAAUAUAAUUGGUUCAACUUUC